AUGUUUGUUUGUUGUGGUAAGAAGAAGAAGGAUCGUAAACAUUUAUCUUUAGGAAAUCUAAAUUAGUUAAAUUUAAUUUGUUAAGAUGGUCUUUAUUUUGAUAAGAAUCUUAAGAUAAUAACAGAAUAUAAUAAAACUAAUGUAUAUUAAUUGAUUAUAUAUAGGUAAGUGAAAUAGGGAAUAAAGAAUGCAAGUAUUACUGUCCAAUCUGCUUCAAAUAUUAUGAUUGUAUGGAUAAUAAAUUAAAUUAGGUAUGUUACGAUCAACUUGUUGUUCGAAUUAUGUUUGUCAUAUCUGUGCUGUUUAAUCUUUAACAAAUAAAAUGUAUAAUUGUCAUUAUUGUCGAAAUGAACAUUGUAAAUAUGUUGAUGUAGAUCCUAAUCAAUAGUUAAAAAUAUAUACAGAUUCACACUAUAAAUUAUGA